UGCAAGCCGCCUUCGCCUUCAGCCGGAGCCGGUUUCCUAGCGCCGCCUCGUUGGUACUUCAUUCCAAGAGCAAGUCCGGACCCGAAGGGGGCGGGACUUCCGCCCGGAAGUGGCCCACGUGUUUCCACCUUUGCCCACUUGGGUUCUUGGACUAGAAGGUAGGAAGGAGAUCACCGUGCAGGGCUGAGAUGGAUCCGCUCAGGGCCCAGCAGCUGGCGGCGGAGCUGGAGGUAGAAAUGAUGGCGGAUAUGUACAACAGAAUGACAAGUGCCUGCCACCGAAAGUGCGUGCCUCCCCACUACAAGGAAGCAGAACUGUCCAAGGGCGAGUCUGUAUGCCUGGACCGGUGUGUCUCCAAGUACCUGGACAUCCAUGAGCGGAUGGGCAAAAAGCUGACAGAGUUGUCUAUGCAGGAUGAAGAGCUGAUGAAGAGGAUGCAGCAGAGCUCUGGGCCUGCAUGAGGCCCCACAGGAUCCACCCCGAGGUGCACCCUGUCCCUUCCCACUUGUCUAAUUAAAGUGCCCCUGUGGGGUGUCAUCUGUGAAGACUGUCAGGCCUAGGCUGUCUCUAGAGAGUCUCCGGGAGCCUGAAGCCUGGCUCUCUCCCAGUUGAAGAAUGGGUAUUUGUCACACUGGAAUGUGACUGUGCGUGUGUGUGUGUAUGUGUGUGUGUAUAUUAAAAGAUUUUGUUGACACCUAC